AUGUCUCCAACAUCCCAGCAAAAACCCCCCUUAAGCCACUCCUACAAGGAAGCUAGCACCAGCCGGUGGCAACUACAAGCCCUUUUCCAGUCAUUCUUGGAGGACAGACCAGUCGAUACCAUGCUUGCUGUUCAAGAACGGCGUCUUCUCAUUUCCUGGGACCUUAAGGCCAUUCAUUACUUGAGGAGAUGCUUGAGGACGUGGAUUCUGGAUCAGGUCCCCGGUGAUGCGAUCGGUGCAUUCUUCGUGACUGUCUUGUAUGAACAAGACUUUCAUCUGGAUUACCGACUGACUAUGAUGGUGAGGGAAAGACAAAGCCAGCUGCACAUCGCUCGUCGUUUAUUGGCAUUCUAUCAAAUCCGAGACGAAGCAGGCGCUCCGAUCUGGGAUAAUGUCACCGUCUAUCCCGAAGACACCCACUCAGAAACACGAGGUCAGGGCAAGAGUAUUUCUGAACGCUCCGAUGCCACGAAGGAGCUUCCCCCUCGUAUCCCUACACCGCCGCCUGUUGAUGCGCGAUGGCCUCUAUUCAUGGGUGCGCUUAGCGACUCGGAGCUUGAAGACCUCAUGGACAAGCUAGGAGACGACGACCAGCAUGCAGAGGAUGAUCUUCCUCCAUUGUUCACCGGUGUGCGUGAAGAAGAUAUUCCCAUCAUCCAGGCGUUCCGCAGAUUCAAUCUUCACAAGAAUGAUUUCUCCGAAGACAUUCCUCUGCCUGAGUCUGGGACCGAUCGGAUUGAAUGUACAUCGAAGCAGACUAACAUAUUACAGGAUAAGCCUCUUCCUCCCAUUCCCAUGAAGCCUCUCCCAACUCUACCCAUUGACAAGGCUCUUCCCCAUAAUUUCCCCCUCCCCCUGCCACCCCUUUCACGUCCAUCAGGCCCAAAUCCCUUAUCCGUGCGUGUGUCGACAUUCAAAUCAGAAAAGAAGCCUAAAACCCAACAGGCAGACUAUAUACCAAGUAAACAUGCUAACGUCGAACAGAGAAAGGGUAAUAAUGACCUCCGUUCGUCUCCGGCAUCUCGCCUAAAGCCGACGCCUCCCGUUAACGUCAACCAACGCGCUCCUCAUCCCUCAUGCAUCACUUAUAUUCCCUGCCAUGUACAUUAUAAUCCUCUCCCGUCCCCUCCCAAGCUUAGAAAGAAAGCGGCAGUCGAAGACUUGCGCCAGGCCCUGAGAGCGCGGUGGUUGAAUGGAGAUGUUGGGUUGAUACAUUAG